AUGAAUGAGAGUCAGUACAUGUGGACCCUCAAUGCAAAGAAGAGUCUGAUCCCUGGUGGAGGGAGACGCCACCCAGUCAUCGCUACCGCCUCCGAGGCCAUCGGUGGGAGACGAAACUCAUACUACAGGCGUGGGUUCUGUAGCUACACUGUUGAGAACCAGACCAACCCAUGGUGGAGGGUGGAGCUGUGACGCACAUAUAUAGUCAUAUCUGUCAAGGUCACCAAUAAAGGAGACUGCUGUGCUGAGAGACUGGAUGGAGCUGAGAUCCCAAUUGGGAACUCACUGGAGAACAACGGAAACAACAACCCCAGGUGUGCUUCCAUCUCCCACAUUAGAGCGGAUGAAACCAACACAUACAGCUGUGAGGGAGGCAGCAUGGAGGGUCGAUUUGUGAACGUGAUUAUCCCUGGGAACAUGAAGACUCUCACACUGUGCGAAGUGGAGGUGUAA